AUGGUGCGCUCCUACCUUCGCCACGAGCCCACCUCGGCCUUCGGCCUGGUCUGUUCGGCAUCGUCCAACUCGAUCCUCGACCCAGACACAAAGACGGCUUUCGUCCCUGCUCUCGAGGACGUGCUCGUCUGGGACGUGCGUAGAGGUACGCUCCUCGCCACUUGGCACGAGACCGGACACCGCUCCAAAGUCACCGCCCUCGCCAGGUCGCCCACCGACCCAGACACCUUCGCCGUCGGCUACGAGGACGGCAGCAUUCGACUGUGGUCCGCAGAGACCAAUUCCACAUCGGUCACUUUCAACGGCCACAAGAAAGCCGUCAUUGCUCUCACCUUUGAUCCACAAGGCUUGAGGGUCGCCAGCGCCAGUCUUGACACCGACAUCAUCCUGUGGGAUCUGGUCGCGGAGACCGGUCUCUUCCGUUUGCGCGGUCACCGCGACGCUGUCACUGCCAUCGCCUUUGUCCAGACACCCAGCCGUAUCCAAGAUCGAGACGGCGCAUCGUCCUCGGCCGCAGUCCACACCCAGCCCGACGCCGCAGGCUACCUGCUCAGCACAUCCAAGGACGGCCUGCUCAAGCUCUGGGACCUCUCGCUCCAGCACUGCAUCGAGACGGUCGUUCACGGCUCGGGCGAGAUCUGGAGUCUGGGUGUCUCGCAGGACGUUCCACUUGCCAUGCAGGCAAGCAAAGGAGCCGGCGCAGAGGAUGACGACGCCGCCGACACCGACGGCGCUGCCGACGGAAGCGCUCUCGUUCUCACGGGAAGUUCCGACGGCGACAUGCGCGUCUGGGAGAUCUCGGCACAGGCUCUCUCGCGCGGCCUUCAGGCUGCCGAUGCUGCUGACCCCUCAGCUGCCGCAUCUACCGCAAAGUUCCUCGUCCCGCGUGGAUCGAUUCCACUCUCGGGCAAGCAUCGCGUCACCCAGAUCGAAUUCUGCGGUGUUCCGCGUCGCCACAACGGCACCGCGAGUGCCGCUUCCACGCAAGGGCAGGGUUACAUCGCCGUCUCCAGCACCGACAAGGCGGUGCAGGUGUUCCGACUGCGCUCGACACAGGAGAUGACCAAGAAGAUGGAGCGAAGGCGCAAGCGAAACAAGGAGAAGGCCGACAAGAAGCGCGCAAAGGAAGGCGCCAAUGCGGCGGCGACCGAUGCUUCCCUUGAGGCAGGCUCCGAUCAGGUCACCUGGGCCGAUCGCAUCGAGGCCUACACCAAUGUUCGACCCGCUGCGGGCAAGCUGCGCAGCUUCUCCCUCGUCACUCCGUCCUCCAACAAGUUUGCGCUCAGUCUGCUGUGUGCCCUUUCGUCCAACGCGCUCGAGAUCUACAGCGUCCCGUCGCCGCCUCGCUCCAAGGCCGAGAAGGCCAACCCGAUCGAGGCUGUGCUCGCAAGUGCACUCGAGGCGCCGGGCCACCGAUCCGACAUCCGUGCAGUCGCGCUGUCUUCCGACGACAAUCUUCUGGCGUCUGCUUGUGGCGCAGGCCAACUCAAGAUCUGGAAUGUCAAGACGGGCCGAUGCGUCCGCACGCUUCCGUGUGGCUAUGCGCUCUCCGUUGCCUGGCUGCCGGGAGACCAGCACGUGCUGGUGGGAUGCAAGGACGGCACGCUGCGCAGCUUCGACGUGCGUGCCGGCAUCGCCGUCGAGACGCUCGAUGCGCAUCAGGGUCCACUGUGGAGCGUAGCCAUCCAGCCCGAUGGCCUCGGCUGCGUCUCGGCCAGCGCCGACAAGGAAGUCAAGUUUUGGGAGUUCGAGAUGCAGGUCCCCGAGGCAGAUGGCGACUCGGACGAUUCCGACGACGCCGCUCCAGCCAAUGGCCAGAACGGCGCAGCGAAGCCACAGUCACCACCGCAGCUGGCGCUGGUGCACGUGCGCACGCUCAAGAUGACCGACGACGUGCUGUGUGCACGCUUCUCGCCCAACGGCAAGCUGCUCGCGCUCUCGCUGCUCGACAACACCGUCAAGGUCUUUUUCGCCGACUCGCUCAAGUUCUUCCUCUCGCUCUAUGGUCACAAAUUGCCCGUGCUCGCGCUCGACAUUUCGGCGGACAGCAAGCUGUGCGUCACCGUGUCGGCCGACAAGAACGUCAAGAUCUGGGGCCUCGACUUUGGCGACUGCCACAAGUCGAUCUUUGCGCACAACGAGAGCAUCAUGGGCGUCGCAUUCGAGCGCGGCCAGCAAGGCGGCGGUCUCAUGGGUGGACGCCAGGGCGACUCGCACCACUUUUGGACCGUGGGCAAGGAUGGGCUGUUGAAGCACUGGGACGGCGAUCGCUUCCAGAUGAUCCAGCAGCUCGAGGGCCACCACGGCGAGAUCUGGGCCGUGGCGCCCGGCCACAGCGGCAAGGUGGUGGUGACCGCAGGAGCGGAUCGAUCGAUCAGGACAUGGGAGAAGACCGACGAGCCGUUGUUCUUGGAGGAGGAACGCGAGCGAGAGAUGGAGCGUGCCUUCGAGAGCGCUGGUCAGACUAGGCAGGAUGACGAAAGAGCGAUCGGAUCGUUGGCAGACGGUGCGGACCCGGACGCGGAAGGUGCGGCAGGACCGGAAGCGACAGCAGUCUCCAAGAGCACCACCGAGACCAUGAUGGCGGGCGAGAGGUUGGUCGAAGCACUUGAUGUUGCGGAUGCAGACAUCGCCGCGCGCACCGCCGCACGCGCUGCGGGCCAGGCCGAACCUGCGUUCCAUGCGCUCAUCAUGGCCGAGUUCGAAACUCCCCGCGGUGGCCUGAAUGUCGACCAGGACAUUACUGCGCAAAAGUACGUUCUGCGCGUCGCGGAGAAGAUUCUGCCCGCCCAGCUCGACGAUGCGCUGCUGGUGCUGCCUUUUGACAAGGUGCUUUCGCUCAUGCGCUUCCUGGACUACUGGGCACGCAAGAGCUGGAACAUUCCGCUCGUCUCGCGCAUCCUCUUCUUCCUCCUCAGGACGCACCACAACCAGAUCGUCUCGAACCGCAUCAUGCGUCCCACGCUCAUCGAUCUCAAGGCGCAUCUCUACGCCGCGCUCGAGCGCCAGAAGGAAACGAUCGGAUUCAACCUGGCCGCACUCAAGUUCAUCAAGUCCCAACACACCGCCAACAAGACUGCCGAGAUCUACGAGCGCGACGGCAUCGACCUCGGCGACCACGCUGUCCAGGCCAAAAUCAACGACAAGGCACCCAGGAAACGCAAGCUCCUCGUCGCUUGA